AUGUUGGCGACGCGUACGCCGAGUCCAUCCUUUCCGGUCUCGAUAAGUUCUCGCGAUACAGCUGAAUCGGUCACGCACGUCCACCUUCCUAAAUUAAAUCUGCCUACAUUUUCCGGGAAAUACGACGAGUGGUUUCCCUUCUAUGACACUUUUGUAUCACUCACACUUUCCAACGUUACUCUAAAUAACAUUAAAAAAUUUCAAUAUUUGAGGGCGUCUCUUACUGGUGACGCGAGUAACGUAAUUAAUUCUUUGGAAAUUUCGGAUACGAAUUAUGAGGUCGCAUGGACCCUCCUCAAGCAUCGAUACGACAAGAGAAUCAUUGUUCAAAAUCAUAUAAAGGCAUUAAUGGAAUUGCCAUCUAUGGCGAAGGAAAACCACUUGGAGUUAAGAAAAAUUGCGGACGGUGCCGCAAAACAUUUGCAUGCUCUCCACGCUCUAAGACGUCCAACUUCUCAUUGGGACGACCUACUCGUACACAUACUUAGCUCGAAACUUGAUGCGGUUACGCUCAGAGAAUGGCAGUCGGCAUUGAUCGGCGCUGAAUUGCCAACACUCCAGCAAUUUUUUGAUUUUACCACUCACCAAUGUCAGAUGCUCGAAGCUACUAACGGAAUUAGCGCACCGACUUCAAAGGCAUCUCAGUCAGUUUCCAAACGCCACUCCUCAUGUACAGCAACUAUACGUCCAAAGUGCAAUUAUUGCAGUGGCGAACAUUUAAUUUACCGCUGCAAACAAUUUCUAGCUCUUCCAGUUCAGCGUAGAAUCACGAAAAUACGUAGCCGUAAGAUUUGCGCGAAUUGCUUACGAUCCACGUCGCACGUAGCUAAUAAAUGUGCUUCGGGUAGUUGCAGGGUUUGUCAAGCCAAACACAAUACUCUGCUACACUCAUCCAGCUCCGCAUCGGAAACAUCUGAGCACAACGCAAAUCCUGAUGAUACCACGCCGUCCGGUUCUGCCACAGUUCUAGCGGCGCAUGCAUCGGGCACGGACGCACGGCUUGAUCUCGAUUAA